GGAGGCGAGGCCGCAGCUAUCAUGGCCGAGGACGAAGAAGAAAACCCGCAAGGUCGGCAACGUCUGCAGGAAUUGGUUGACCACCUGUAUCAUUUCCGAGAUCAUUAUUUUGAGGACCACAGUGUGGAAGAUGCUGGAAAAAAACAACAGGAUGUUCAGGAAGAGAUGGAGAAGACUCUUCAAAAAAUGGAAGCCAUAGGUGGCUUAUCAGAAGGGCGAGCGUACACGCUGAUGCUUAAAGGGAAAGCUUUGAAUGUAUCAACAGACUAUAAUGCCCAGUCUGAAGAAUUGCUCUCCAAAGCGGUCAAGCUGGACCCGGAAUUGGUGGAGGCGUGGAAUCAAUUAGGCGAGGUUUAUUGGAAAAAGGGAGAUGUCUCUGCUGCCCAUACCUGCUUCUCCGGAGCGCUCAGCCAUCGUAAGAACAAAGUCUCCUUGCAGAACCUCUCCAUGGUGUUACGGCAGCUGCGCACCAGUUCUCCUGAUGAACACGCACAAAACGUGAUGGACAGCGUGCGGCAAGCCAAACUGGCGGUACAGAUGGAUGUGCGCGACGGACGCUCUUGGUAUGUGCUGGGCAAUGCCUACCUCUCCUUGUUCUUCAAUACGGGGCAGAACCCCAAGAUCUCCCAGCAAGCCCUGAGUGCCUAUGCUCAAGCAGAAAAGGUGGACCCCACUGCUACUUGUAACCCAGAUUUGCAUCUCAAUCGAGCCACAGUAAGGAAAUGGAAUAAAGAAGGCAACAUAAAGUUGGCUAAUCUCCAGCCAUCUCUCACUCAGGCUUGUGCGGUAAGUUCAUGUUUGCUAACAAGUCUUGUUUUUGCUGUUUUCCUCUCAUAGGGCAAGGUGAAAGGCAAAAAGCUGCAAAGCAUGUUGGGAAGCCUACGGACCUCCCAUCUGGGCCCUUGUGGUGAUGGACAUUAUCAAGGGCCUUCGGGUCAGAAGGUAGAACUACAGAGACAAUCCCUCAGUGCCUUGCAGCCUGGUGUUAACACUGGUACUGUGAUCUUGGGGAAGGUGCUAUUCAGCCUGACUACUGAGGAAAAAGUGCCUUUCACCUUCGGAUUGGUAGACUCGCUUGAAGGCCCUUGUUUUGCUGUCACUGUUUACAACAUGGUACAAAGCUGGGGGGUCCUAAUUGGGGACUCGGUGGCCAUCCCUGAACCGCAUCUUCGGCACCAUCACAUCCAACACCAGAACAAAAGUUUUACUUUUUCUGGCAUCCGCGUAGAGACUCCUCUGGUUCUGGUGGUGAACGGCAAAGUGCAAGGAUCGCAAAGCCAGGCCGCCGCGACCGUUGCCUAUCAGGCACAAAGUGAAUGAGGAGAGACGAAGGGCAAAAUUUCCAGGGGUGCUCAAGAGUUUUAGACUACAUCGAUUCCCUCUCUGCCUACUUUUUCAGUAGUUUAGAGAGAUGGGACGGAUUCGUGAAAUACCAUCCAGCCAUUAAGUGAAGGAGCGAGAGAAAAAUAGAAUUGCAGAACAUUUGUUCAACCUGGUGCUUUAAUUCUCAUCUCUUUUGGGUUUUUUUUCCCCCCAAGUUUCUUUUCCACAGACAGCUGUUUUGCUUUCAUUUGUACUGAAAUGAGUGUCCACAGGAAAUCAGGGGGCUGCUCAUUUUGUUCCCCUUCUCUUUAGUUUUCUCCCCCUUUUCUGAUCCGUUCUUUCAUCUUCGCUCUUGCUUUGCCUCCAUCGCAUUUAAGUUUGGGCAGUCGGUCAGUGUAGAUUUUUUUAGAUCCCGUUCAUCUGAAUCAAAUUCUGUUCUUACAGUGUAUUAAUGAAGUCAGUGGGACUUAGGCUAGCCUGGCUAUCCUAAAUCCCACCGUCUUGUGGGUCAGUAUGAUCAAUGCUACAUCCAACUUGUUAUUUCUGUGUAAAUGGAAGAGAUGCUUUCUGUAUUUAUUUGAUAUUAUUUUGAGAUGGGUUUUUUUUGUAAUUUUUGUAUACUUUUUCCGCCGGACUCCUGAUCUUUUCCCUUCCAACCAAUAAAAUGAGUCCUUUGCCAUAA